UGGAGUACAGAGGGGUCAGUAGUACACAAUGCUGCUCAGCUAUCCGGCUACAGAUCCUCUCACAGAGUUACCUGGUGGUCUCCUCUCGCAGCAGCCUGUCUUUAUCUGCCUGACGUGUCUUCCUCUUAUUAAUGUGCUGUGAUGAGGACAUUGCAGCAUCACAGGGACCUGUAUAACCAGUUCCCGGGGCCACCCGCGUGUCUUUAGAGGAAAUGACUAAAGUGAAUCAUCCUCUAGCUGGGAGGGUUUUACGUAUUGUCCUCUAGCCAUUGUGUUAUUGCCAUAUAGCGAUCCCGUAGUGCGGAGCACAGCAGCAGCGAUGUCUUUCCCUCCUAUCCUGCAGCACAAGCCGGCGCUUCCCUCCAGGCUGCUGCUCAGCAAAGCCGCAGAGAGAGGAGCACCACCCCGGCACCCCUCACCUCUCGUCGGCACGAAGGGGACCGCAAUGGACAAGGAGGACCUGUCGCGCUCUUGGCCGUCCGUCACUCUCCGGAGGCAGUUGGAGAGGAGGCACAGGGCUAGUGCCUCAAACCUCAGCCAGCCAGUAGACAUUGUACAUCCUGCCCGGCGCUUUCUGGGACAGGUUCCCAGAGGGAUGACUCGCUCCUACGAGAGCAUAAUACAGCCUGGUCCAGCAGCUUUAACCCGGGCCAGACGGGAACUAGCCAAAGACCCCUCCAGGAGACCCCAGCAACAAGCACAGCUGGCCCACCCGGCGCAGGAUCACAUGGCUGCCAUGCAUCAGUGCUCCCAGAGGCUGCAGCCUCAUCCUGAGCCCCCGCAGCCCGCAGACGUGCACUUCUCCCUGUGCCUGACACCCGAAUCCAUCCUGGUCAUCCAGAAAAGGAACUUUGAGAAACAACUCGCCCAGCAGCAGCAGCGCAGUGCCCACUCCCGGAGGGUGUGCGCCGGGGGCAGCUGGCACCUUAGGUGUCCCAGGAGCCGCAUGGAGCCCAUACAGAGCAGCCCCCUGCAGCGAUCGGCUCCAGAUGUCAGUGAGCUAGUGAAAAUAUCGUUGCUGAACGAGCAACAUCGCUACGAUGAUAUGGAGUAUGAAGACGAGUGCUGGCUGAGGGAGGGGGAUGAGGGACUGGUGAGAAAGUGCACGGAGUGGCUGCAGGGGGUAGAGAUGGCCGCAGGGAGAGACAGAAACCUCCAAGACAAGCUGCAGGCGCUGCCCCACCUCAACACAUUCUGACAUCGAAAACAUAUGCUGUAUAUAAAUAUAUCAAUACAAAGUUUCUAUAUUGCUCUACGCAGGACUCUUGUGUGAGUACGCAGACUGCCUUUCUGAUGGACCUCAAGGCUGAAAUGAAAAUCAGUGAAUCUUUUCUGUAAAUGUAAUUAGGGUCUCCACCACCAUUAAAAAUAAUUUACAGCUUCCCCUAAGGGACACAGAGGAAAGUUUCAUCUUACAAAAGCGACUAAACUACAUCAUUGUUUUAGUUAUGGGGAUUGUUGCUUUAUUGCCCAUUGGACGUUUGCAGCAAGGAUUUCUCUUUGGAGUACAGGCUAAACCUGUUUUUAUUUAACUUGGAGUCAACUGGCUUUUAAUUGCCUUUGUGUAAUGCACCAUCGUGAUCCAUCAAUGUGACUGGUCUCUAGUGUUGAGGACUGAUGUUUCUGGGUGGGAGUGUGUGCCUUAUUUUCUUUGAUGUGUGUUAAAAUACAAAUACCAAUCAAGUACGUUUUAUUUGUUUCACUUUCACCCAAUAUUAAAAAAGUUCGAUAUUCUCUGCUGUCUGAGUCUCAGGCAUAUUCAUUAUCACUUCAUUUCUACAAAAGUAGGUGAAAAUGAACAUUUUCACCUACUUUUGUAAAAAUAAAGUUUUGGGUUCAUUCAUUAUGAAGGUAACGCAGGAGAUAUAACAAAUUUCGCCAUCUACAGAUGGCAAAUGCUCCCGCACCCCCACUGCUUACCCAUUGGAAGCAGUCCCGGCUUGUGAAGAGGGAUCCAUCCACCCCUGUCCGGCUUCUUCCGCCGCACUUAGGGGUCUAUUCAUGUAGAAAACGAAAACAUAAUUGCUACUUAUCACUAUACAUCGCAUCUCUUCGAUGCGAUGUAUAGCUGUGAUAAGUAGCAAUUCAUGUAUACUCACCCUUCCGACGAUGCGCUGCGGUGUCUGGGGCUCCUGCGGUGAGGUCUUCUCCAGCGGUCCCUCCUGCGAUGCGCGGAGUCCAGCGGCGGGUCCCUUUGCGCAUGCGCAGCUUGAUGACCUCCCGGCAGGCCGCAGUGGUUGCUGGGAGGUCGGGGGGCGGAGCCAGCACGAGGUGCCGAGCAGCGAUCAGGGAAGCAUUGAGCUUCCCUGACGUCUCCGCACUACAGUUCAGGUUACGCCGUCCUCAGAUGGCGAACCUGAACUCCAUGGAGAAGCGGAAAGCAGAGCUUUCCGCACCUUCAUGAAUUGCACUCACCAUACAAAGGUAUGGUGAUGCGAUUCAGGCACAGAGCGGGGGUACCGCUGGAGAAGUCAGAGACUUCUCUACGGUAACCGGCUCUGUGAAUUGCGGUAAGCAGAGAAAAGCCCUGUUUAACGCAAAACAGGGCUUUUCACUGCUGCAUGAAUAGACCCCUUAGUGCUAACCCUGACAAAUUUUAUUCACUGCUGUGGUGGCGCCCGCUUUGAGUCAGAAUGUUAAUUAACAUGAUGAAUAUGCCCCUCUGUGUUAAAAUAUAUUCUUAUUUGUCUAUGAAUAGAGUUUUAUAAAAAAAAAUUAUAUUGUUGAGUCCCAAAAAUAAUAAUACAUCUGUGCCACUUCCUCAUCAUAGGACCAAUACAAAGCACUGCAUUUCAGUUGGGGCUUUAAGAGUAUCCAUUGAUUCCUGAUAAAAAAAAAAAUUGCUGAAUGGAGAAUCUCUGGCAACCAGUGAUUGGCACCAGGCUUAUGAAGAAUUAGUCCCCCUGACUGGGAGUACUUGCUUUCAUUUAGUUUCCAUAUUCAUUUCUUGUGUUGUAGGGAAGAAAACUAUUUCAAAAAUUUUUUUUAUAUGAGAAAGCAAUCAUUUUUUUAAUUGUGUGUUUUAUUUGCAAAUAAAAUUAUUAAUAUUGUAUUAUUUAUAAUUUAUUUCCUAUACAUGACUGGAGGUAUUUUGUACCUCAAUGUAUAGAAUCAUUAUACCUGUAACUAAGAUGUGUCAGUCAUUGGAUUUUUAUUUUUUUAUUCAAACUUUACUGUUUUGUUUUUUUCUGGACUUUUUUUUUUGCUGAAAUAAAUCUGUUUUUGCAUAAGUGUACUAUGAAACAUAGGUCAAAGGUGAAGGGAAAACAUUUUCAAGAGUCAUCAGAAAUUGCAUUCAGAUUAAUAGGCCAACUUCAUUCAUUUUCCUAACAUAUGAGCAAGUUUU